AACGUUAUGUUACGUCCAAUUAAAAUAAAAUGUAAGGGCGGGCGGCCACGUGGACUCGUAGAGGGAGGGUGCGUGCGGGGUGACUGAGGCCGCGGAUCGAUGCUCCCGGUCCGUCAGUGCCGCGACAGACUCGGGCAGAGCGGCUCGGUGCCGCAAAGACAAGCCAGCGCCACGGAGCACGUGCGCGCGCCCGCGUUAGCGCGCCGCCGAGGGCGCGCUCUACCUCUACACACACAUCGACGACAUGGACGCUCUCUCCGAUGACGACGAAUAUGUGUGCCGAGAGCCCCAGAUUAGCAGCCUGGUGGCGACUCGGGGCGAAGCGGCGGCGGGCGGCGCGGCGGUGCAGCGUGUAGGCGCCGCCGUUUGCUGCGCCGUGGAACGCUUCGUGGCCGUUGGAGAGACCAUCGCAGAUGACAAUCCAGAUGUACGUCACAGCAUGGUGCUAGCGUGCAAGGAAGCUCGGGCUGCAGGUCGUGCAAUAGAGCGUGUGUGCGCAGGUGCUGAUGGCGCAGGUAUGGUGUCGGCGGCGCGCGCUUUGCUCGCUUCCGUCACAAGAGUACUCUUAUUAGCAGACAUGGUCGUCGUGCGACAACUCCUCCUCGCUAAGGAUAAGGUGGCGCGGUCGUUAGAUCGCUUAGAGUCCGUGUCUAACUUUGCGGAGUUCGUGCGCGCUUUCACGGAAUUCGGAGGGGGAAUGGUAGAACUGGCAAGACUAACAGCAGAAAGGAGAGCAGACCUUCGUGAUGAAAGAAGAAAGGCUCAAGUAGCCGCUGCGAGAAAUGUCCUAGAAAGGUCAACCCUCAUGCUUCUCACCUCGUCUAAGACUUGCUUGCGGCAUCCGGGCAGUGCAUCCGCGCGGGAAAACCGCGACACGGUCUUCUGUCAGAUGAGGCGAGCGAUGGACCUCAUUCAUUACGUCGUGCGAGACGGGCUGCCGGGUCACGAGGAGCAUUCCCACGAGUUGCAACCUUUUUCGGAUAGUCACGAGCAGGCUGCGCAAUGGGAGGCGGGUACGGCGUUAGGCGCGCUACGUGGACUAUCGACGCAAGUUCGGACAGCAAGAGCCAGGGGUGGCGCCGACGCAGGAAGGAGGAGAGCGCUCGCAGCUACACUUAGAGCUCUCGUCGAACGGACGCACGACUUCACUGACUCGGCAUAUACCUCACAUGAGCACAGGCAAAGGAUACUCGCACUCGCCGAAAGAAUAGCCUAUGAGCUCGAGAGACUUGUUGCUGUCGCUGUGUCAUUAGAAGAACAAGGUGGUAGUGGAGCUGCUCUAGAGAGCGCGUGUACGGGAGCUACGAGUGCAGCUUCCGAACUCGAGCGUGCCUUGGUGUCUGCUGCAAGAGAACAGGCCCGAGACUUGUCAUCACUCGCAGACGACGCGAGGAAACUUGCCUCCGACCUUGCACAUAUAGCUAGUUCCUGUGGUGAGAGAGAAUCAGAGAGACUGCACAAUAUAGCGAGCCAGUUGCACGAGCAAUUAGAUCACAUAAUUGAGGUUUGCAAAUUACUCAGACAUAUAGCGAUGUCGGAAACGUUACAAGUGAGCGCAAAGUUUGCUGAAAUAAAUUUGCGGAUAUAUGGGCCACAAGUAGUGACGGCGGCGCGGACGUUGGCGGCGCACCCGAGCAGUGCGGCGGCGCGCGAGAAUCUUGAUGUGUUUGUAGACAUGUGGGCGUGGCUGCUCGCUGACGCAGCGCGCCUCGCGAAGGAGCUGCUCGACUUGACAGACGAAAGACCCGACAAACAACAGUAUAGUAGUCUGCCGAGGCCUGGAAAACAUGGAACGACAAGUAAACCUUUAAAAGCCGUACGAUUAGAUUCCGACGAACAAGCGAAGAUUGCCAAAUCAGGCUUAGAAAUGAAAAUGAUGUCUUCUGAAAUGGACGCCGAGACUGAAAAAUGGCAAGGUGCUGACGAAAACAACGACAUUGUGAAGAGGGCAAAGAAUAUGUCUUCCAUGGCCUUCGCUAUGUACCAGUUCACUAAAGGUGAAGGUCGUCUCAACACUACACAAGACCUCUUCACACAAGCCGAAUACUUUGCGGAAGAAGCUAAUAGAUUAUACAAAAUCAUUCGUCAAUUUUCCUAUCAGGUACCCGCUGGGACAAUAAAAAAAGAGCUGCUAGAACAUUUAGAUAAAGUCCCAACAUACGUACAGCAACUUCAGUUUACGGUGAAGGAGCCGACGGUAGGCAGAGCCGCUACUUUUAGCAAAGUCGACAACGUCAUCCAAGAGACCAAGCAUCUUAUGAAUGUUAUAAGCAAAGUCGUCACUACGUGCUUCGACUGUGCGAAUAAGGGUCUUAUACCGUUGGACAAAGCGAUAAACAAAACCUCAACAAAUACAGGGGGCGAUUCGUACAAACUGGACUUCACGGGCCUCUCGGCCGCCGGCGCCGGCCGGGGAAGUUCCCGAGACGAGGAGGCGGCGGGCGGCGGCGGCGGCGACGCCAAGCCGGGAGGGAGCUCGUCCGACACGGCCAUGUGACAGUACGGCAUGGGCCGGCGCGGCAAGGGCGAUGCGCGCCGGACCAGGGUCAGCUUCCUCUUGUUUUAAGAACAACGUCUUAAAACAAACUCGUCGCCUCUGUCGGCUGGACAAGCAGUGGAGUGAUAGAUGCUUUUCUAUAUUACCUUUUUACCAUGCUCUUGGGCUCAAUUUAUUUAUUUUAUUAACUGAUAAAUAUUACUUAAUUUCAAAGAUGUUGAAAAUUUUAAGAAGAAAAGCCGCUGACAAAUAUGAACUGUCUACGUAUUAUAGGUACGUAUACUACGUUGAUAAAACUGAAUUAUAAUAGAUUGCUAUAAAAAUGUUUUUAUGCCAUCAAAACGCAAACACGUAAGUCUCUGCCACGUCCAGUGUUUGUCCUAGGCGCCACAUAUAUCGAGUUUAUAUUUAUUAUUUCACAAAAUGAGUGAUAAAAAAUACGCUGAAAAGAUAUUUGAACCCAUAUCGUUACGUUGAUAUGGAAAUAAGAACAGUGUGUUAUUUUUGAUGUAUUUAUUUUCGAGUGGCGCCGAAACCGACCUAUAAAGUUGUUAAUGUGUUGAAUAACUCGCCAACCGUUGCGAUUAUUUAACGUAUUACAACUAAUUUAAAUUUAAGAUGAACAGUACGAUAUAGUUAUAAGUUAAUUAGACCACUUGCGACACACAAAAAGCGAAAUAUUUAAAAUAAGAUAAUGUAAACAAUGAACGCAAUCGCGCGGACACGACGCAUUUGGCUGUGGUUCUAACGUAAUAAUUGUAUUGCCAUGUAAUAGUUUUAUAAGAAAAUAAUUUGUUACACGCGUCAUACAUUUUCACUAUUCUAUAUGAUUAAGAAUAAAUAAAUAAAAUCGCUAAUAACUACCGAUACCCACGUUCUAAUUAUUAUAAACGUAAUGAAAGAGUGAAAUCGUACAAUAAUAAUUACGAAGAUUUGUUAACACUAUAAUAAUGUUACACCUUUUACAUGAAUACGUAAACAUCACACAGUCGAGCCUAUUUUUAUGUUAUCCCUUUUCUAGCUUAUAAAUUAUUUCCGAUGUUAACACGUACAUGUAUAUAUGUACAUAUAUUAUAUCCAUACUAUGAUAAUUUAUCUAUAAGAUCUCUUAUGCACCCUGCACUUUCCGUGUUCCUGUCGCACUUUAUUUUCGCUAAAAUGCACGCGGCUUCCUUGUUUUUGUUUGGCAUUUAUGUGUUUAGAUAUACCAUACAUGUUACGUCACUAACUUUAUACUUUCAUACAUAUUGUAUACAUAAUAACUCUUCAUUUGAUGUUUUCGCAUACUUAUCAAUGUUGUAACGAUUUGUACCUAUAUUUUAGACACAAUAUCAAAAUGCUCUAAUUGCCAGUGGCGCGAUGGUCAGUCAUUGCAUGAUUGUAAAAUAAAAAAAAAAAUGUGUAGAUGUGUGUUGCAUGUGUGUACGUUAUAAUCGUAUUUGAUGUCGUACUUCAUCUUUCCGACGGGAGGAUGUUUAGUAUUAAGAUGGGGGAAUUUGACUCUGGUGGCUGACUGUGCUCCCAAUUUGCCCAUGAAACGCUCAGUGUUAUAUAGACCCGAUGGAAUCAAAGCGCAAACGAUGACUCUAAAAGGAAAAUAUUGCGAAAUGUCGAAUGUCAAAUGGAAUAAUUGUUCAAAUGAAACUCGUUUCGGUGCGGUGACAGUAAUAUGAAGGCCAAAUUUGACAACGUUACAACAUGAAACGCUUCUGCGUUCAAACCCCAAAAGAAGGCGCGUAUGAGCGCGUUCGUAGUCAAAUUUCAAGGUCAAAUUGGAGUACACCAUUACUACAUGCAACAUUUCAGACGCAAAAAUAGUUCACUGCUGCUAUAUAUCAAUCUAACUACUCAGGCUUGCAACUUGCAACACUUGCAAUGCUUCUCUAUCUGAUUUGUAAAUGUGAAUUAAAGUGGAUUUGACAUUAGACAUUUGCAAGAAUCGAAUGAAGGUAUGUGACAUGUGUAUAUGGACAUGUGUAUAUGGACAUGUGUAUAUGGACAUGUGUAUAUGGACACGACAUUGCACUCAUAACUUGCAUGCUACUGUGUGUCUGCGGCUGCAACGCUCUGCUACGAAAACAUCGCUAGGCAUGACAGCCAUUUAUAACAGCAAUUUGAAACAAAUGAUAAAUCGUCACGGCAAUAAAAAACAUAUCAAACGUUGUAGAUAAUAUCAUUUCUGUUUGUCAGAAAUGACGAAUCGUUAUUUAGUAUUUAAGAAUAAACCACUCGAUAAUAAAUAUAAAUAUUAUACAUAUACCGACGAACGUGCCUAUUAGAAUGAAUUGCACCAGUUUAAGUACAUAUUUAGCUAUACAAAAAAAAACGGGAUUAUAUUUUUCGACAUUCAUGAUUAUUUUUUAAAUAAUACGAACGAUGUCAAAUAUAUAACUAGAAUAAUAGUAGAGUUAAAACUAAAAGAGUUUUGAUGUUAUCGAUUCAAAUCGAUUCGGUCAUCGAUAUCUAUCGAUUCGAUAAUUGUUUGUGUUACCUACUUUGUUAUAACGUUUAUUUUAUUAUAAAUAUAUGAAUUCGAUCAAAGUAUCUGCGCUAACGCUACCUCGUAAUCGGAUAAUGAGUUAGAGUAAAUCGCUAGCAUCAGUUCAUGUUUAAUUAGAUUUAAUGAUAUUGACGUGUUAUGUAUUGUAGUUUGUGCUCGAUGUCCGCUGUCUAUGGUCUAUAUAACACUUUCUGUUUCCGUAACCUUUAUUACUUUGUAGUCACUACUAUGGUCUAAGAGUCGUUGUUAUAUAAUGUUAAUAACAAGCUAAUUUUAUAUUAUUGAUAAGAUAAUCUAAUUUUUAUUAUUUUGUUAUUAAUAAUAAUUAAAAUUCGAUUUAUAUAAAAAAAUAAU